AUGGAGGACGGUAUCUACGUACCCCCCGACCUGACGCCGGAGGAGCGGCUGGAACUGGAGAGCAUCCGGCGGCGGAAGCAGGAGCUCCUGGUGGAAAUCCAGAGGCUGCGGAAUGAGCUGAGCGAGGCCUUGAGUGAAGUGGAGGGCUUGGAGGCCAAUGAGGGCAGUAAGACUCUACAGCGGAACCGCAAAAUGGCCAUGGGGAGGAAGAAGUUCAACAUGGACCCCAAGAAGGGAAUCCAGUUCCUGGUGGAGAACGAGCUUCUUCGUAAUACCCCGGAAGAGAUCUCCCGCUUCCUGUACAAGGGUGAGGGGCUCAACAAGACCGCCAUCGGGGACUACCUGGGCGAGAGGGAGGAACUGAACCUUGCUGUCCUUCACGCCUUCGUCGACCUCCAUGAGUUCACGGAUCUCAACCUGGUCCAGGCCCUGAGGCAGUUCCUGUGGAGUUUCCGGCUCCCCGGGGAGGCUCAGAAGAUUGACCGGAUGAUGGAGGCCUUCGCCCAGCGCUACUGUUUGUGCAACCGGGGUGUCUUCCAAUCCACAGACACCUGCUACGUGCUCUCCUUCGCCGUCAUCAUGCUGAACACAAGCCUCCACAACCCCAACGUGCGUGACAAGCCAGGGGUGGAGCGCUUCAUCACCAUGAACCGGGGCAUCAACGACGGUGGGGACUUGCCAGAGGAACUGCUCCGGAACCUGUACGACAGCAUCCGCAACGAGCCUUUCAAGAUCCCCGAGGACGACGGCAACGACUUGACCCACACGUUCUUCAAUCCGGAUAGGGAGGGCUGGCUGCUCAAGCUGGGGGGCCGGGUCAAGACUUGGAAAAGGCGUUGGUUCAUCCUAACAGACAACUGUCUGUACUACUUUGAAUACACUACGGACAAGGAACCCCGAGGCAUCAUCCCCCUGGAGAACCUCAGCAUCCGCGAGGUGGAGGAUCCCCGGAAACCGAACUGCUUUGAACUCUACAUCCCCAACAACAAGGGACAGCUCAUCAAGGCCUGCAAGACGGAGGCCGACGGGCGGGUGGUGGAGGGAAACCACAUGGUCUACCGCAUCUCGGCCCCCACGCAGGAGGAGAAGGAUGAGUGGAUCAAGUCCAUCAAGGCGGCCGUGAGCGUGGAUCCCUUCUACGAGAUGCUGGCGGCACGCAAGAAACGGAUCUCUGUCAAGAAGAAACAGGAACAGGCCUGAUCCCCGCAGGUCUGCCCCCUCAUGUCACUGCGUCCCUCCCUCCCUUCCCUCUGAUCAUCGGGGCCGGGGCUGCCUUAGCCCCUCAGCUCCCCCUCACUCUUCUUCAAAGGCAAUAAGUCCAAUUUUCCUUCAACAUCCUAUCCCCCCACCUAUUUAUUGGAGACUCCACCCCCCCGCCUUCCCUACCCUUCCCAUCAUUUUCUCCCUCCCCUCUUCCUCCCACUGUAGCUCAGAUAGGUCAGACCCCCCCCCCCCCGGGGGGGGGUCUGAAGAGCGUCAGGUGGGGAUGGGUGGGGGAGAGGAGACCACUUGGUGUGCUGGGCUCCCAAAGGGACUUAGUCCCUUCUCCGCCCCCCCCACCAACGCCCCCUCUUGCCAAGUGAGAUGUCAGACUGUUUUCUACUCUGCCGUUUCUCAGUUUAUUUGUAAUUAAUUCAUUAAUAUUAUUAUUAUUAUUAUUAUUAUUUAAACA